UGAGCCUAGCUGAAAGCAUCACUGCGAAAACAGCGUGCCAUGGCCCUUCCAAGGUUGCCGGUCAGGUCGAGGUUGGCAUGCAGUGCAGCUUGCCUCUGGCUGACAAGUCUGUCGGCUGCUUGUUGAAAGCAGGGAGCGAGUCUAGGAGCGUGCAGACUGUGGAUCGGUUAUGCUCCACCUCAGCAUCGAGGCCUUCUAUUUCUCCGUCAGCUGCCAAAUGUGACAACUCAAAGCAAGGGUGCCUCCACAGAUGUCACCUAUGUGACUAUGAGGCUGAGGAACUGUUUCAUCUGGAAGCACAUGCGGGCGUCCAUACUGGCGAGAAGCCAUUUCAGUGCCCUUCAUGCCAUAGACGCUUCUCAAGCAGAUCCAACUUAAACGUUCACCUGCGCACCCACACAGGCGAGAAGCCAUUUGAGUGCCCUUCAUGCUCUCGGAGGUUCGCACAACAGGCUACCCUGAAAUCCCACAUGCGCACGCACACAGGCGAGAAGCCAUAUCAAUGCCCUUCAUGCUCUUGGAGCUUUUCACACAAGGGUUACCUGAAAGCCCACUUGCUCACCCACACAGGUGAAAAACCAUAUCAGUGCCCUUCAUGCUCUCGGGGCUUCUCAAACAGAUAUGACUUAAAGGUUCACCUGCGUACCCACACAGGCGAGAAGCCAUUUGAGUGCCUUUCAUGCCCCCAGAGCUUCUCACGAAAGGGCCACCUCAAAAACCACCUGCGCACCCACACAGGCGAGAAGCCAUUUCAGUGCCCUUCAUGCUCUCAGAGCUUCUCACAACAGGCCCACUUGAAAGGCCACCUGCGCACCCAUACAGGCGAGAAACCAUAUCAAUGCCCUUCAUGCUCUCAGAGCUUCUCACACAAGUGUAACCUGAAUGUCCACUUGCGCACCCAUACAGGUGAGAAGCCAUAUCAGUGCCCUACAUGCUCUCAGAGCUUCUUAUACAAGGGUCACCUGAAAGUCCACCUGCGUACACACACAGGUGAGAAGCCAUAUCAGUGCCCUUCAUGCUCUCAGAGCUUCUCACAAAAGGGCAACCUUAGAAAACAUGAGGAGAGAAGUCAUUUGAAUGCCCUUUAUGCCUUCAGAGAUUCCCGUUGAAAAUUGCUCUGAAGACACCAUCACAUUCAUGUAGGAGACCGGCCAUAUAGUUGCACCUUCUGCUCGAAGUCCUUUACGCAGUCUCAUCACUUGAGUGGACAGAUCACAGCACCAUGAUAGUAUAGGGUAGCUCAACAACCAUAUUGAACGAGAGUCUGAAAUAUAAAUCUUAAACGUGUAGCUUGUUGCAUAGUGUACUAUGGCAUCAGGUAGGUCAAGGUUGUUCGCACCUUUUUUUUUUUU